CCUUAUUUUUAUAGUUUACUCAUUUGUAAGUUUAUCUUCUUUUUUUAGGAGUAUAUUUUUUAUUUUGAUAGAUUUUGAUAGUGUAAUUACUUCAUGGUUGCGAUAAAAUAUAGUAUUUGUUAAUCAAAUUAUAGUAGGUAUCAAAAUUAACCAUUGUUUAUUUAAUUAAUUAAAACAUAAAAGUUUCUUAUGUCUUUCAAACUAAUUUCAAUUUUUAGCUGAGUUUUUUUAUAAUAUUGAUUUCAAAAUAAACUAAAUAUGUCUGGUAAUGAUGAGUAUGUUGAUGUAAUGACUUCCAGUCCACCCCAUACAACUCGCACAACCUUACAAAGUCCAGGAAUGAAGAAAAAAAAAGUAAAAAGUAGUAAAGAUGAUCCAGGUUCAAGUGAUGAAGAACGAUGGUUAAAAGCCAUUGAAACAGGAAAAUUAGAUGAAGUAGAUGAUGAGCUAAAAAAAAUUACUAAAAAAGAUCCAAAAAUGAUGACUGCUAGACAAAGAGCUAUGUUUGACAGAAAAACUGAUAAUAAAGAAUUUACUGAAGAACUCGUUGCAUUGCCAUCUGGAUAUAGAGAAAAAAUAUUAACUCCAGAAAUGUUGCAAAAAAAAGCUAUAAAAUCUCAAAAAAGGAAACAACAAGCAGAUGAAAAAAGAGAAAAUGAUAAAAAACGUACUAUGGAAAGGUUAUUAAAAAAACAUGAAAGCAAAUCUAAAUCUAAUUCUAAAGGACGGAUGGCUAAAAAAGAUGUGAAUAAUAUUGUUUACAUCAGUAAAGAUAAUAAUGUUUCUUUACUAUUUCCUGAAGGAAUGGAUUUUCCCCUUAAGAGUUCUACAAUUAAACCUCCACCUGCUCAGCAAAUGUGUGGACUUGAUGGCUGUAAAAAUCCUAAAAAAUAUUCAUGUUCUCGAACGGGUCUUCCAUUAUGUAGCUUACAAUGUUACGUUACUAAUCGAUUAAAUAUUUGGAACGCUGUAUGCUGAUUGAUUAUGUUCUAAUAUUUCAAAUGGCCUUGUUGGUGGUAUCAAUUUUUUUAAUUCAGUGCCAAGUUUUCGGUCGAUCAUCACUUUCAUCAAAAACUCGCCUUGUUGAAAUGGUUUAAAGGUAGAUGGUACUAUGACAUAACUUGCUAAUGUUGACACUACAAAAAUUUCAGAAAUCACUUGUUUUGCUUUAAAUGGUCCAGAACUACCUUCUGGUUCAGUACAUAAAAAAUAUUCUGCUCCUAAAGUUUCUUUUUGGUGAAAAUCAUUCUAAAACAAAAAAAAAUGUGUUUGAAUUACAACCAAUUGUUAACCUAUUUAUUAUUAUUUAAAACCAAAUUUAC